GGGGGAGGUGAGGGGGAGGGGGAGGGGGGGAAACGGUGCAAACGGCGUGGCCGCCAUCUUGUUUGUACCCCCGCUUCGCGCGCGCUCCGUUCUCCGUGACGCACGCUUCCCCCUCCCCUCCGCCGUGCCCAGGUCUCUGCAUUGCCCGACUCCGCAGGAGCACGGGGGCGGCUUCUGCUCUUCCUUGGACUUCUAAGCAGAGGCGUGUGAGUGUGCGGGAGCAUCCGCGGGAGGAAGGGGUAGAGUUGUCAGAAUGUCCACAGAAGGAGGAUUUGGUGGUGCUAGCAGCAGUGAUGCCCAGCAAAGCCUACAGUCCUUCUGGCCUCGUGUCAUGGAAGAAAUCCGGAAUUUAACAGUGAAAGAUUUCCGAGUACAGGAACUCCCGCUGGCUCGUAUUAAGAAGAUUAUGAAACUGGAUGAAGAUGUGAAGAUGAUCAGUGCAGAAGCCCCUGUGCUGUUUGCCAAGGCGGCCCAGAUUUUUAUCACUGAGUUGACUCUUCGAGCCUGGAUCCACACAGAGGAUAACAAGCGCCGGACUCUUCAGAGGAAUGAUAUCGCCAUGGCAAUUACAAAAUUUGAUCAGUUUGACUUUCUCAUCGAUAUUGUUCCAAGAGAUGAGCUGAAACCACCAAAGCGUCAGGAGGAGGUGCGCCAGUCCGUGACCCCUGCCGAGCCCGUCCAGUACUACUUCACGCUGGCUCAGCAACCCGCUGCCGUCCAGGUCCAGGGGCAGCAGCAAGGCCAGCAGACCGCCAGCUCCACAGCCGCCCUCCAGCCCGGGCAGAUCAUCAUUGCACAGCCUCAGCAGGGCCAGACCACACCCGUGACCAUGCAGGUUGGAGAAGGUCAGCAGGUGCAGAUUGUCCAGGCCCAGCCGCAAGGUCAAGCCCAGCAGGCCCAGAGUGGCACUGGACAGACCAUGCAGGUGAUGCAGCAGAUCAUUACGAACACAGGAGAGAUCCAGCAGAUCCCGGUGCAGCUGAAUGCCGGCCAGCUGCAGUAUAUUCGCUUAGCCCAGCCUGUAUCAGGCACCCAAGUUGUGCAGGGACAGAUCCAGACGCUUGCCACCAAUGCUCAACAGAUCACACAGACAGAGGUCCAGCAAGGACAGCAGCAGUUCAGCCAGUUCACGGACGGACAGCAGCUCUACCAGAUCCAGCAAGUCACCAUGCCUGCCGGCCAGGAUCUCGCCCAACCCAUGUUCAUCCAGUCAGCCAACCAGCCCUCCGACGGGCAGGCCCCCCAGGUGACCGGCGACUGAGGGCCUGAGCUGGCAAGGCCAAGGACACCCAACACAAUUUUUGCCAUACAGCCCCGGGCAAUGGGCACAGCCUCCCUCCCCAGAGGACCCUGCCGACCUCAGCGCCUCCUGCAGGCUAGGACACUGGUGCACUACGCCCGACGCCUGGGGGCCGAGAUUCUCCAACAGAAAGAUGCAAUAUUUUUUAUUUCCUUUUUCCCAUUUUUUUCUCCACGGAAUCAAUAUUUCAAUAUGUUGAGCUGUGUGUCCAAUGCUAUGAAAUGAAAAUAUUAAAUAACAUAUUUAUGGCAUUUUCUUGAAGCGUGUGGUUGAAGAAAUAUUUCUUUUGUUUUUCUUUUUUUGGUUCUUACUGCCACUUCUUUUAGGAGCAGAUCUCCUCAGGGGUGUAUGUAAUCUCCUGACUCUUAGAACAGCUGCUGCCCCAGGAUUUACCACCUUGUUCUGCCCUCAGGUAAAAUUAGGUGACCGUGUAUAGCUCCAUUUUCACUAGUGCUCCUCUCCCCGCGUCCCUGCUCUUGCCCCAGAGCUCUGUGGAUUUGCAUCAGAGGCCAUGGAAACAUUCCAUGCAUUUAAGAGACUUAUUUGCCAUGGGGAGUGGAUGGUUUCAUUCCCAAACCCUUCUCUUCCAGGGACUCAAGGAGACUAGGACUUUGUGCAUUUGCCCCCCACCCCCCAGUUUUAAUUUUAUUUUAUUUUUAAAUGCAUUAAAAAUUGUGCUAGUCUCCUUUGCUGCAUGGACUUCAAACUGCAUGAAAUGCAAUAAAUCUCAUUUUAGAUAA